GAAGGUCAGUUGAAACUUUUUGGAAAUAUCAACAAGUAUAAAUAAGAUAAUUUACUUUUUUUGUCAAAGUUUUGUGAAUUAACUAAAAAAAUGUCUACAUCAUUCAGAACACCACCAAAUCCAUCAUCAUUUUAUCAAAUAAAUCAAACUCAUCACCUUCAACCUCACCUUCAACCUCACCUUCAACUUCAUCUUCAUCCUCAUCUUCAUCAACCAUUUGAAUAUAAUCUUUAUCGUAACUCAUCAUCAAUAUCAUCAUUUUUUAUCAAAGAUAUUUUAAAUAGUAAUGAUAUUAAUAAAUAUCAACCCAUUCCCGUCGUUGGAUCAAAUGAUGAGAAUGAUUUUUAUGAUUCUGAUGAUGAUACAAGUGAACGUAGUUUCAGUAAAAGUGACAAUAAAAUUGGAUUAAAAAUGCAAAAGAAACAAAGAAAAGCUCGAACCGCUUUCACCGAUCAUCAAUUACAGACUUUAGAGAAAAGUUUCGAGCGAGCCAAAUAUUUAUCGGUUCAAGAUCGAAUAGAACUUUCAGCCAAAUUGAACUUAAGUGACACCCAAGUGAAAACUUGGUACCAGAAUCGUCGGACAAAAUGGAAACGACAAACGGCCGUUGGUCUUGAGCUUUUAGCCGAAGCGGAUAAUUACGUUGCAGUCCAACGGAUGAUACAAUCAUCUCCUUACUGGAUGAAUCAGAUCGCUAAUUAUGCCAAUGGUUUACCUCGACCUGCACCAACAUCGCCGACAAUGUUACCUUUCGAUAUUUAUUAUCGUCAGGCCGCCGCAGGUCUACCAGUUCCCGUUCCUCCUCCACCUCCAGGAUCUAAUCCGACAAAUUUGUAUCCAAAUUUCAUCUUCUCUUCAUCCUCAUCCGCAUCACCACCUUCAUCUUCAUCCUCUGGGCAACAGCAACAAUCAUCUUCAUCACCUUCCUCAUCUUCAGCAACCUCAUUGGAAUCAACUAAUCCUCAAUCAUCAAAAUGAGUAAUUGUCUAAUUAAUUUACUCAACAACAAAAACUAAAAACAAAAUUCACUGAAAAAAAUUGAAAAACUUUGAAAAACUACAAUUAAUUAUUAUUGAAUUUAACUGAACAAAAUUAUCACCAUUUUCUUAUCUAUUUAAUUUACAAU